GGCGCUAGACCUGACUUUGGCUGAACAUUGAGAGCGAGAAAAUCAGAGGAGAGAUGGCGUCCGCUUCAACAGAAAACCUUGAAACAGAUGAAACAGGUCAGUACCUGCCAGCUACCCAAAGACCUGAUGGCACAUGGAGGAAACCAAGGAGGGUCAGACCUGGAUAUGUACCCCAGGAAGAGGUUCCACUGUAUGAGAGCAAAGGCAAGCAGUGGGUCAGCAGUAAACCCAGGCUUCCACCAGGAGUCUAUGAAGAUCCAGCUCCCGCAAAGGUACAUGUAGAAGAAUCCAAACAGCAGCUCUCGAAGGCUUCCAAGAAGAACGAGAAACGGCGCCAGAAACGUAAAGAAAAGCAGGAUGAGGGAGAAUCAGCUCAAGUUCAAAAUGGUGACGUAGAACAGCUUAGGAAGGGGGUUCAGGAGGUCAGCGUGAGCGGGGGCGCGGAGUCCGCACCAGCCGUGCAGGAUCCGCAGAAGAGGAUUAAGAACCUUAAGAAGAAGAUCCGGCAGAUUGAGGAGCUGGAAGCCAAGAUAGCCAGCGGAGAAGUAGCACAACCUUCCAAAGAGCAACUGGAGAAGAUUUCGAGGAAAGACGCCUUUGAAGAAGAACUGAGCACCCUUGAAGAUGGGUCAUGAUGAUGUGAAAUCAAAAUCUGACAGAAACUUCAAUCUUAGACAAAUGAUGGAAAGAAUUGUGUCUAUCUUUGCUGACACAAUACCCUAGAGAGAGAAACCUCUGUCUUCAGUCCAAAGGAAGUAUUACCCCUGGUAAUGAAAACAUGGUGUCCUGAUCCUAGAGUACGUAGACUGAUCCUGAUUGCUAUCAGUUUCCUUGAGCGGUGUCAUUCAAAAUAGAUACCAGGGUGGAACAAAAACUUGACAUUUCAUCCGUCUUUUGAAAAGUGAGGAAGCAAUAUGGAUAAACCAUUGUGUUUCACGAGAUCAGAGGUUUGUUAUGAGUGACGUAAGAAGGGUCCAGUUUUUGAUGGGGCAAGGAUGAUGGAUGGAUGUAGAAUGAGGGAGAUGGUUGCACUAUCUUCUUGUUAUUCUGUCUCCCCUCUCCCUUUCUUCUUUCUCUUUUUGUCUCUUUAUUCACUUUCCUGCAAUAAUCAUAUCCCUGUCUUCAACACUUGACCAAACUCUAGGCAUUUACUGAGCCCUUAACUCAGCCUUCAAUUCAAUUGCAGCCCUGACGUUGCAAGUCUUGAAAGAGAUAAAGUUUGGAGCAAAUGUUGCCAGAAUGAAUUCAAUGUGAGGUCGAUUCAAAUUUAAACAUGAACAUUUUAAUUUGUUGUAUGAGUAAAUUUAUAUUUAUUUGUGCAUCUUCUUUUAACAAGCUCACAUACAUUACAUUUGUUUCUACUUUUGGAAAAGAAGUUUGGAAGAUUGGAGAAUAGAAAUUAACAAGAAAUUUAUUAUCAUGCAUAAUUGCAUAUAUAUGAUUCUAAGAUGUUAUGUUUGCCAUUAUGUAUUAACUGAUUUUAUGCAUGCUAUUGCUUACACCUACAUAUACAUGUAGCUCUGCAUUUACAGGUAAAAUUAAUUUAUUUGCAUUUAAAAAAAAAUAGGACAACAUUUAGAUGGAUUUAAUUGAGAAUGAAAUGAGUUACAUGUUUAUUUAAUGAAUUCAUUGAGUGUAUCAUGAUAUUCCUGAAUUCCCAUCUAUUUGUUUUUCAAAACAGAUUUAAAUCAAGCAAGUAUUUAUUACGACUGUUCAUGUAUCAUUUUAGCUAGUUUGCAGGCAUAGAACCUUGUCAGUUGAGUAGUUGAUGUACGCAUACGCAGAGAAUAGAGUGUGCACAGAACUGAAGUUGGACUUGGGUUCAAUACAUGCCGUUUUAUGUUAUCCUUUAUUUCCUUCAUACUCCUCAACCGUUAACCUGUAAAAUGACAACUGAAGUGUUUAUUUCUUACAUUCUAGCUACCAGUAUACACAAAUUAUUUUGUAUAGGCGAUUGGUAAACUUUGAAAGCAGUGCAGCCUUUCACAAAACUGUCAUAAGUACAAGUUCGCCGUCAACCCAUCAGAACACUAUCCAAUUUUACACGCGUUUCAAUUGGAUGUUUGUGAACUUGUACUUGUGACAGUUUCACAAAACGGUGCCCUGAUGACAAUUUUUUUUUCUCAAUUGUACAGCUCAGUUGACCUUGCAAGACUGAAGAUAUUGGUCGUGUGGACCAACAGUCUUGCAAUCUUUCAAAUAUUUAUAUAUCUAGGCCUAAAUGCUUGUCUCAUGGGCAUAGUAAUCAGAAGGCCCAUUACACCAGGGGCCUGUUUCAUAAAACUUGCUAUCAAGAACAAGAUACAAUAACUGUUAUAAGCUACUGAAAUCGUGACAUCUGAUUGGCUGAGAGCUAAUUUAUCAUAGAAUUAUAGCAUCUGUUAUUAAAAACAAGUUUUAUGAAACAGGGCCCAGAAUCUUUAGUUUUCUUGGCCUUUGAUGGCGGUGACCUUAGUCAAGAGGGAUGUCCCCUUAUUUAAGCUCGUCCAAGUUGAGAUGCAUUUAUGACCAUGUGGGUUUUUAUGUGUAUACCUUUUCUAAAAUGAAAUAAAUUGAUAAUGUGUAGAUUUAUGGUGGUAAUUUA